CUGUUCUUCCAUUUCGCCCAUACUCGACUCUGUGAUUGCUUCUCUUGUUCGAAUUUAUGGACAAUGUCACCCACAAUUUCUGGGAUCGUCAUCAUCAUCCAGCUGAGAUCAUGAGCAUGGGGAAGGACCAGGCGACGACGGCGCUUUGGGAUCAUGACCUAUUAUUUCAGCAUCCGUAUCACCACCAGCUGUCCCAUGGCUACGUGGAGACGGAGCGUUAUGAUGAAGGAGGAGGAGAGGAGAAGGAGCUGGGAGAGGAGGACGAGGAAGAAGAGUUGGGAGCGAUGAAGGAGAUGAUGUACCGGGUGGCGGCUAUGCAACCGGUGGACAUCGACCCGGCCGCGGUGGCGAAGCCGCGACGGCGCAACGUGCGGAUCAGCGACGACCCGCAGAGCGUAGCGGCGCGGCACCGCCGGGAGCGCAUCAGCGAGCGGAUCCGCAUCCUGCAGCGUCUUGUCCCCGGCGGUACCAAGAUGGACACCGCCUCCAUGUUGGACGAGGCCAUCCGCUACGUCAAGUUCCUCAAGCGACAACUCCACUGCCUUCAGUCGAACCCUCCGCCUGCGCCGCUUCCGGCGCAAUUCGCGGUCGUCGUCGGUCUCUCCUCUUCUUCGUCUUCUUCCUCAUCCUUCUCGUCCGGCGCCGUGGGGAGACUGCAAGGGCUUGGCGGCCAUCUAAUGAUGCACUAAUUUUAUUAA